AUGAAUAUCGGGCGAGUAGUGGACAUUGGUCAUAUUGAUGGUGGUGGUCAUCGUGGAGGGCAUCAGGCACGGAAAGUGAUCAAAUCAGCACCGGCCAACGAGCAUCGUAAACAUCGCGUAAACGAUUCAGAAGAGCACUUCUACGAAUCUAUCUCUUCAUCGCCCACAGCGUCGGCAACGAGACGUCGUUCAGCGAUGAACAGCCAACGUCGUCGAAGUGAAUCGGCAUCCCGUGUCGAGAUACGUCAGCGUAUCGUGGCUAGAAUCGGCGCUUCACUGAGAAUUCCAUCGACACAUCGAUCUAAGGUUAGCACAGCACUUUUUUGA